CACUUGCCUUGUUGCUGAAGUUCCCUUGUUGCAGUCUGCGUUUGCCUGCCAGAGAAAAUCCUGACUAGGGAAUUCACCCAGGGUGCGAGAAAAUACUGUAUGGCAGUAUGAAAACAAACAAUGGCUCACUGCGGCCACAAGAGGGCACUGCUAUCAAAGGACAACAGCUGAUUGUAGGCUGUUCCUCCAAGUCAUUCAAGCUGUACUCCCCUAAGGAGCCCCCCAACGGCAGCACUUUUCCCCCUUUCCACCCCGGCACCAUGCUGGACAGAGACGUGGGUCCCACCCCAAUGUAUCCUCCCACAUACCUGGAGCCAGGAAUAGGGAGGCACACACCAUAUGGCAACCAGACAGACUACAGAAUAUUUGAACUCAACAAACGGCUACAGAACUGGACAGAGGAAUGUGAUAAUCUGUGGUGGGAUGCAUUUACUACAGAGUUCUUUGAAGAUGAUGCCAUGUUGACCAUUACUUUCUGUCUGGAGGAUGGACCCAAACGUUACACAAUUGGCCGGACGUUGAUUCCAAGGUACUUCCGGAGUAUAUUUGAGGGGGGUGCCACUGAGCUCUACUAUGUGCUGAAACAUCCUAAGGAGUCCUUCCACAAUAACUUUGUCUCCCUUGACUGUGAUCAGUGCACCAUGGUCACCCAGAAUGGAAAGCCCAUGUUCACACAGGUGUGUGUAGAAGGACGCCUAUACCUGGAGUUCAUGUUUGACGACAUGAUGAGGAUAAAGACGUGGCACUUCAGCAUCAGACAACACCGUGAACUCAUCCCCCGCAGUAUACUGGCCAUGCAUGCCCAGGACCCACAGAUGCUGGACCAGCUGUCCAAAAACAUAACACGAUGUGGCCUGUCGAACUCCACCCUUAACUACCUCCGAGUGAGUGAGCUGUGUGUGAUUCUGGAGCCCAUGCAGGAGCUGAUGUCCAGGCACAAGACAUACAGCCUCAGCCCCAGAGACUGCCUCAAGACCUGCCUCUUCCAGAAAUGGCAGAGGAUGGUGGCACCACCAGCUGAGCCAUCAAGACAGGCCCCAAACAAACGGCGGAAGCGCAAGAUGUCAGGUGGCAGCACCAUCAGCGGAGGAGGAGGAACUAAUAACAACAACAACAACAAAAAGAAGAGCCCUGGCAGUGGCUUCCCUCUGUCCAGCCAAGUACCAGACGUGAUGGUGGUGGGAGAGCCCACACUGAUGGGAGGGGAGUUCGGCGAUGAAGACGAGCGUCUGAUCACGAGGCUGGAGAACACACAGUUCGACGCGGCCAAUGGCAUUGACGACGAGGACAGCUUCAACAACUCUCCGGCGCUGGGCUCCAACUCACCCUGGAACAACAAGGCCCCCUCCAGCCAGGAGAGCAAGAGCGACAACCCCACCUCACAGGCAUCGCAGUAGAGCCCAGAGCCCCGCAGCCUCAACACAAACCCCUCUUUGUCACUCCCCAGACUCCACCCCACCCCAACAGCCACGAAUGCAACAGUCUAUGGCCUGCUCACCAAUCUAGACAUCACUGUAGACCUCAGAUUCAUCACACACAGGUGGCCCGAAGGAGCUCAGUAUGUCUCAGAGCCAGAGGACGUUUUUCAUCAUUGCUGUGACUUCCCCAUAUUUAGGCACGGUCUCCCACCUCUGUCUCCCCUUUCCUCAUCUCACGCCCAAAAUGUCCCAUCUGCUCUCGCUAAUUUUCAGUCUGGACAGCGUACCGGGUAGAUGUGACCAAUGAGGCGCAGGGAUUUAAUCCAGGGGAGAAGUGUGCACACUUAACUAUCCGUACUGAAGUUCACAUGUAGGAACAGGCGGGGUGGAGGGGAUGUUGGCAGCGGGGCUUCGAGAUGGUGGCGAGUUGCUUAGGGACCACUUGCCCACCCGACCUCUAAACAUGACACUCAAUUCUGGUCUGCUCUGUUGAUGCACAAGUCACUCGUAAUGUUUCCUGAUGGAGUAUAUGUGUGUGCGUGCGUCUGCGUGUGUGUGAGAAAUGUGUGAGGGGAGAGAAAAGAGGCAGUCUGAGCUUAUUUGUGUCUUUGCUGAAGCAGGCGGACCAGAAUUUAGAAUCAACCUGUACAAACCAUUGAAAUCCACACUCCAGUAGGAGAGCUGAAAUGCGGCACUAGGGAGAAAACACACACACACACACACACACACACACACACACACACACACACACACACACACACGAAUAAACA